AUGCGGGAAGCGCGACUUAGAUGGUUUGUUCAUGUGAGGAGGAGCACAGACGCCCCGGUGAGGAGAUGUGAGAGGUUGACUUUGGGGGCCCCACAGAUAGGUGAAGGAAUCCAGGCAACUUCCCAUGCAGGAAUCCAGGCAACUUUCCAUGCUGAAAUCCAGGCAGCUUUUCAUCCAGGAAUCCAGGCAGCUUUCCAGGCUGGAAUGCACCAGGCUGUUUUAACAGCCAACCACCCCUUUAAACCCACAUUGAAGAGAACCCAGAACCACAAAGAGGCAUGGGUCGAAAGUGCGACAAAAGUAGGGCCAGGGACGCAUCUCCACCUGAAAGCAGAGUUGCUGCCCUAUACUGCACCCGAAACUUCUCAAGCUAUAUCUCUAGAUGAGAGAGUUUGUAUGAUAGAAAAGGGUCUAGAGGUCGCACAUCGUCGUAUUUCCGCUGCAGAAAUCAAUAUUUGUUCACUUGAGUCAGUUGCCCUUGAUGGACUUCAAGAAGUCAAAGGGAACGUUCAGGAGCAAGAUGACGGGCUAAACAACCUUGAACUCAAGCUCACUGAGGCUUUGUCUUCCUUACAGGCAGAAGUUGAAGCUUUAAAACAGCGCCUAGAGGAGACAGCAGGAACCACUGGGCGAGGUCUCAUCACUGUCCGAGAAACACGUAUUGAGGCUCCCAAAACCAAAGAAUUUCGGGGUGAAAGAAGCGCUCAAGACGUGGAAAACUUCUUGUGGCAGCUGGAUGCUUAUUUCGAACAUGUAAGCAUUACCAACGAUGCUGCCAAAAUCCGAACGGCAGCCAUGUAUUUAUUAGAAACCACCAUACUUUGGUGGCGCAGAAAGAAGGCAGAUAUGGAGAAAGGAACGUGCUUCAUUGACAUUUGGAAGCAGUUCAAAGAGGAGCUAAAACGGCAGUUUUAUCCUCAAAACGUUGUGCACGAAGCUCGCCGACAGUUGAGGGAGCUUAGGCAAAUAUCAUCCAUCCGUGAGUACGUAAAGGAUUUUACAAAACUCACCCUUCAGAUCCCCAACUUGACCAGUGAGGAUCUAUUAUUCCAUUUCUUGGAUGGCUUGCAGUUUGUUCCCAAUCGGAACAGUGAUAAUCGAGGUAACCGCAACAACUCUUCUAAUUAUCGCAAGGAUUACGAUGAGAAGAGAAAAGGAGGCGCACCGAAGGCUGCUCAGCGAGAUGUUUGCUAUCUCUGCGGAAAUCAUUCUCAUACUGCUCGAGAUUGUCCUACUCUGAACAAAUUAGGAGCAAUUGUCGCAGCACACCAGCAGCAAGGACAAACUGCUGUGCAACCCGAAGAGCGAAGAGCACCAGCUGAUGGUGCAGGACAAGGGAAGAACAAGGCCGUAGGCUUGUUCAAUCAUAUGGCCUUGAUAAACCAUAUGACCAUUGCCGCUAUUGCUGCCCAACCGCCUCGUGUGAGGCCCCGUGAAUCUUUAUUCGUCGAUGCCAAGUUAAACAGCAAAGAUGUACGCAUCAUGGUGGAUACAGGUGCAACUCAUAAUUUUGUGACAGAGGAACGAGCUAGGGAGCUUGGACUUGUCUUUAUUUCCAGUGACACGAUAAUGAAGACUGUCAAUGCCCUUCCCUCUACCGUUCAUGGCUUUGCUCCUAACGUACAAAUUGCUUUAGGAGACUGGCAGGGAUUAACGGAUUUCACCGUUGCUCCCAUGGAUGUCUUCGACAUCAUUCUGGGAUUGGACUUUUGGUACGAGGUCAACGCACUUAUUGCACCACGUAUCAACCAGCUUCACAUAAGCGAUCCUGGAGGUUCGUGUAUUGUGCCCCUUGUUCGGGUACCACAAACUGGAGUGCAUUUGUCAGCGAUGCAACUUGUGAAAGGUUUCAAGAAAAGAGAACUAACAUUUCUUGCAACCCUGACGGGAAUCGUUGAGCAUUCCCUUGAGGCAGUAGCAUUGCCUCCCCGCAUUGAGCAAGUCCUUGAUGAGAAUAAGGACGUGAUGCCGGAAGAACUUCCCAAACAUUUGCCACCACAAAGGGAAGUUGAUCAUCAGAUCGAGCUAGUUCCAGGGGCAAAGCCACCUGCCAUGUCGCCUUAUCGCAUGGCGCCCCCGGAAUUGGAGGAAUUGAGGAAGCAACUCAAGGAGUUGCUAGAGGCUGGCCACAUACAACCAUCCAAGGCACCUUACGGAGCUCCUGUCUUAUUUCAGAAGAAGAAGGAGGGUACCAUGCGGUUAUGUAUUGAUUAUAGGGCCCUUAACAAGGUCACAGUGAAGAACAAGUACCAUAUCCCUCUCAUUGCUGAUUUAUUUGACCGCUUGGGGCAGGCCAAGGUGUUCACCAAGAUGGAUCUGAGGAAAGGUUACUACCAAGUGCGGAUUGCCGACGGAGAUGAGCCCAAGACAACUUGUGUUACACGAUAUGGGGCUUUUGAAUGGUUAGUAAUGCCAUUCGGUUUAACAAAUGCUCUAGCAACCUUCUGCACUUUGAUGAACAAAUUAUUUCAUCCCUUCUUGGAUCAGUUCGUUGUCAUCUAUCUAGAUGAUAUUGUGGUUUACAGCAACAAUAUAGAAGACCAUGCGGAACACCUUCGCAAGGUAUUCAAGGUACUAAGGGAAAAUGAUCUGUGCGUCAAACGUGAGAAGUGCAGCUUCGCACAGCCCAUAGUACAAUUCCUCGGGCAUACAAUUAGCCAUGGGGAAAUUCGGAUGGAUAGGGACAAGGUGGAAGCUAUCCAGGACUGGGAAGCUCCAACAAAGGUACCGGAACUUCGGUCCUUCCUCGGUUUAGCCAACUAUUAUCGGAGAUUCAUCUUCGGUUACUCGGCUAUUGCAUCUCCCCUCACUGAUUUGCUGAAGAAAGACAGAGAGUGGGAAUGGAGCGACAUAUGCCAGAAGGCAUUCGAGAAACUCAAGGCAGCAAUCACCAAGGAACCCGUAUUGGCCCUGCCUGAUUUCUCGAAGGUAUUUGAAGUCCAGACUGAUGCGUCUGACUUUGCUAUAGGAGGCGUACUGAUGCAAGAUGGCCAUCCUAUAGCCUUUGAGAGUCGAAAGCUGAACGAUGUUGAAAGGCGUUACACUGUCCAAGAGAAAGAAAUGACUGCUGUAGUCCACUGCCUAAGGACUUGGCGUCAUUACUUGUUGGGAGCACAUUUUGUUGUCAAGACUGACAACGUUGCAACAAGCUACUUCCAAACACAGAAGAAGCUAUCUGCCAAGCAAGCUCGGAAAGCUAACGUGGUUGCCGAUGCUUUGAGUCGCAAGACAAUAUUAGCAAACAUGGUUAGCUCAGCAAGCAGUGGCAUCAUCAAGACCAUCAAGGAAGUCAAGGCAAAACUCAGUGCUUUUGGGAAGGAAGAAGAUGGUCUAUUGUACACCACUGGCAAAAGGGUUUACGUGCCCAAAUGGGCAAAUCUCCGGCGUACUCUGCUGAAAGAAGGUCAUGACUCUGCCUGGGCAGGUCAUCCAGGGCAAAAACGCACGAUGGCCCUGAUCGAGUCUUCUUAUUAUUGGCCUCGGAUGCGGGACGACAUCGAGGUAUAUGUACGCACUUGUCUAGUUUGUCAGCAAGACAAGGUGGAAUCCAAGCUUCCUGGGGGAUUACUUGAGCCGCUGCCAGUUGCGGCGAAGCCAUAG